AUGCAAGCUGCUAUCCACGUUCCAAACUCGCCCACCUUGAAGAUCGUGAAUGACUUCGAGAUUCCGAAGCCUGGGCCAAAGCAAGUACUCCUAAAGGUUCAGGCUUCUGGGGUCUGUCAUUCUGAUCGUUACUCUGUGCUCAGUCUUGGAGGCUGCGUCCGUUGCCUUGCAAGGCAAGCCGGCAUAAAGCUCACUCCGUCUGAGCCAGCAGAGCAGGAGUUCCUCAGUCUCCCAUUUUUCGGCCUUGGAGCAAAUGGUGGACAUGCAGAAUUUGCUGUAGCUGAUGAGCAUGCACUUGUUCCUGUGCCCGAUAAUGUAUUGCCGGAGCAUGCAGCAGUGAUGGCUGAUGCUGGCAUUACUGCAUGGCACGCCAUUAAGAAGACAGCAAACAUCAAGAAAGGUGAACGGGUUCUCAUAACUGGCAUUGGCGGACUCGGACUUCUCGCAGUUCAGUUUGCAGUCUUCCUUGGAGCAGACGUGUUUGCCGUCGAUAUGCGCCUGAGUAGCCGUGAGCUCGCACUCAAGUUUGGAGCUCGUCAAGCUUUCGACUUGGUGGAACUUGACACUGCACUCGCUAAGGGCUUUCAAGUCGACUGUGCUGUAGAUUUUGUCAGUUCUGAUACAACAUUCAGAGUGUACAGACCACCUGAACUAACAAUAGUACAGAAGUAG